GGUUUGGGCUCUGGUUGCGCCGUUAAGGUGCUGCACAAGGGCUGGGCUGCAGUGGUGGUGUGUGUCUGGAUGGGUAAAGAGAUAUAUAGAGCCGCGGAGAGAUGUGUAUGUGCAUGGUUAUGUAACUCUAAGGGUUAUUGAAACGGGUGGCGCUUGCAGGAAGGAUGUAGAAGGAGGUUGCUGUGGUAUAUUUAGGAAAGGAUCAUGGACAGUCACUCUUCCAGUUGCAAAGAGGUCGUAAGUGAGGAGAGUGAGGAGGAAAGCAAUGGAGUCAACUUGAUGGAGUUCUCAGAUGAGAUCCUUCUGCACAUCCUCAGCUAUGUCCCUUGCACAGACCUGGUCCUCAACGUCAGGAGAACCUGCAGGAAACUUGCAACACUUUGCCUUGACAAGAGUCUGACACAUACAGUUCUGCUUCAGAAGGACUAUAAGGUAAACAAGGACAAGGUGAAGCAGCUGAUGAGGGACAUUGGAAAGGAGAUCUACCAGCUGAACAUGGCCGGGUGCUACUGGCUGCCCAGCUCCACUAUCGACCACGUCACGCGCUGCAAGAACCUGGUGAAGCUGAACCUGUCCGGGUGCCACGUCACCUCCCUGCGGCUCUCCAAGAUGCUCUCCACGCUGCAGCACCUGCGCUCCCUGGCCAUCGACGUGAACCCGGGCUUCGAUGCCAGCCAGCUGAGCAGCGAGUGCAAAGCCACCCUCAGCCGCGUCUCGGAGCUGAAGCAAACCCUCUACACGCCCUCGUACGGCGUCGUGCCCUGCUGCACGAGCCUGGAGAAGCUGCUGCUCUACUUCGAGAUCCUCGACCGCUCGCGGGAGGGGUUUAUGCUCUCGGGGCAGCUGAUGGUGGGCGAGAGCAACGUGCCCCAUUACCAGAACCUCCGCAUCUUCUACGCCAGGCUGGCUCCUGGCUACGUCAAUCAGGAGGUGGUGAGGCUGUACUUGGCAGUGCUGAGCGAUCGGACCCCUGAGAACCUCCACGCCUUCCUCAUCUCUGCCCCCGGCAGCUUUGCGGAGACAGGAGCCACCAAAAACCUCCUGGACUCCAUGGCCCGAAAUGUACGUCUGGAUGCUUUACAACUGCCCAAAGCCUGGAUUAACGGCUCUGGGCUCCUGCAACACUUGAAGUUCAACAACCCUUUCUACUUCAGCUUUAGCCGAUGCACCUUAUCUGGUGGGCACCUGAUCCAGAGGGUCAUUAAUGGUGGGAAGGAUCUGAAAAGCCUGACCAGUUUGAAUCUCAGUGGCUGCGUUCACUGCCUGGCCCCGGAGUCCUUGUUUCGCAAAGCAGAAGAUGACAUUGACAGCAGCAUUUUGGAAAGCCUGGUAGUGUCUUGCUGCAACCUGAGACACCUGAACCUCUCUGCAGCUCACCAUCACAGCUCUGAAAGCAUAGGGAACCACCUGUGCCAGCUCCUGUCCAGGCUAAAGCACCUGCUCUCAUUAGCACUACCAGUUUGCUCCAUCACAGAUGUUGGUGCAAGUGUGGAGAAGCCUCCCACCACACCUAAUUUGGUGCCCCAAACAUUUGGAAGGAAAGUUCGGAUUGGGAUACAGACAUAUCCAAGGAACUUAGGGGACCAGACAAAUCAGAAGAUCGAGUCUUCAGUGUUUUGGGCUCUGAUGGGAAGCCUCAGAUUUCUGGAAACCUUGGAGAUCAUUGGGUCCAGUUUCUCCUCUGCCAUGCCCCGCAACGAGCCAGCAAUUCGGAACUCGUUGCCUCCCUGUGUCCGGGCACAGAGCGUGGGGGAUUCAGAGGUGGCUGCCAUUAGCCAAUUGACUUACCUGCAGAGCCUCACCUUAGCACAGCUGCCAAAUAUUCUCACGGGCUCUGGGCUCGUCAGCAUCGGGCUGCAGUGCCAGCACCUGCGGACUCUUUCCUUGGCCAACCUGGGCAUGAUGGGCAAGGUGGUCUAUAUGUCUGCUCUCAUGGACAUGCUGAAACACUGCAAGUGUUUGAGAGAUCUCAGGCUGGAACAGCCGUACUUCUGUGCGGGAGCGCAGUUCUUCCAGGCCCUGAGUCACUGCUCCUCUCUCCAGCGGCUUUGCAUCGUCUCCCGGAGCGGGACUCUGCAGUCUGACGCAGUGAUGUCAUUCAUGGCCAGCUGCCUUGAGGUCAUCAUGUGCCACAUGUUUAUGGGAGAAUCUCUUACCGUUUGCAAAAAUCUCCAGCAGUCCAUUGUCCGGAGUUUCCAGGCAGAACGCCCUGCAUUAAACGUCGUCAUUUUCCCUCUGCUUCACGAGGACUUGACAGAGGUCAUCAGAGAUGUCCCCAUGAGGCACCUGGAUGAAAUUACCUUGUUUAAAAGCAGAGUGGCCGAGGAACCUCCCAAUCUGUGGUGGUGACUGCCACAGCAUGGAAAGGACAAGUCAGUGUGAACCCAUGGAGCAGCUUCUUGUUGGCCUGGAUUUCCCAUCCUCGGCUCCUGGCCACCUCACUGGAUGCUGUACAAUCACUUCAACCAGGUGCAAUUGCAAAAUAAAAAAAAAAAAAAGCUGGUUCUUUGCAGUGGGGAAAUAUCUGUUGGAUAUUGCUUGCAUCUGAAAAUCAUGUCUCAAAGGCUUGUGGAAUCUGAUGAGUGUUUCCUUGCGGUUAAUAUGAAUCGUUUUUGUUAUUUUACUGAAGUUAAAGGUAAGAGAAACUGACUUAACAAUGCUCUUUCCCCUGUGUCCCCUGGUGUCUGUCCCAAGGGCCCCUGUGUACGUUGGCAGUGUGCUUUGUGGUUUUGGUGGAAAUCAUUCUUUGCUUCAGUCUGUUUUUGGCAAAGUAGAAAGCCUAGGGCAGCUCAGAGGCACAAAAAUGUGUUGCUCAGUUGAAGUGCAUCACAUCUUUUCUAUGUUACAAAUAGGCAUUUGUAGUCACACACGUGCAGUCACAGAUAUUUAAAGGGUUUUUUUUUUUGACUGAGAAGUACCACAAGGACUCUUUAUUUUUUAAUAACAAAUUAAGGUCAUUAACACCUUGACCAUGGUAUGUUCCUGCUGGUGCUGUUUCCAUUGGUCUGGUGGAAGAAGUUCUCAGCUCUUCUGGAAAUCCUUGUCCUAGGGUAGAUGGUGCCUACAGUGAAUAAGUUGAGGCUCAGAUCUGAUUUAUAUGCAGUCUGUCUUGCAGUGUAGAUGGGAAUGUAGUGUUCCAGUUCUGUCCUUAUAUCCCAUGCCUUGAGCUCAUGCUAAUUUUGGAGAUGUUAUGAAGUAUUUUCACAGUGUGAUUUCAGUCAGCUUCUCUGCUCCACAGAACUUCCUCAGGCAUCAGUAGUGGUCUGGAUCACUUUCAUAUUGCCUUAUUUACUGAGCACUUUUAAAAGCAUCAGACAGCUGUACCAAAAGCCAAGUUACAAAUUCCUGGAGCUACAAGUCUGGGUGGCAGAAUUUUCCUUGCUAGCAUACCAGGUCUGUCUUCUGCAAAGCAGCUGCUGACCAGAGCUGUCUAACUUCACCCAAAUCCCGAAUGUGUUGAGCUCUGCUUUUCUGGGGAGGCCCAGAGUUGUCCAAAGAUAAUGUGCCCAUCUCCUUGUCAGCAUUUCCUACUCAAGAUGCCCUCUCCCAAAUGCUCUUCUGCCCUCCAUGUUCAUAGGAAGCCUGGUUUGAUGGGAUAGAUUUGAGAAUAAAAUGCAUCUCCUAGCCUUUGGAGGAUUUUCUGUCCUUACUUUCCAAUCAGCCACAUGUGAGCCUGCCUGGAACUGUGUCCCACAGGUGUAAAUCUUGAGCCAGGCUGUGAUAACCCUUGUGCUCAGAGAGGUUACAGUAGAGAGCAGGUAAGUGUCAGACCAGCCCCUGGUGGUUUGCUGUCUUUCCCGAGGCUCUGAUCCUUCCCCUCUGAGGACAGGGAGCCAGCACAGCCCCUGGAUUGCAGCAGGAUGGUGAGGCCAGCCCGGGCUCCCCGGGAAUGCUGCAGCUGAGCUGUGAGCACUCGGAGUGUUCGAGGCUCUGCCUCAGCUCCAGCUCCCUGCAGCUGGCUGUGAGGAGCUGCUGCCCUGCUCCCGCUGCUGUUUCCCCUCCCACUCUCCCCCAUGAGGUCGUUCUUUCUACCUCUUGUCAUAUUACUCACCUGUUUGAAUCCCCUUCUCCCUCUCUUCAGCACAUCAGAUGUGCUUUUUAGCAGGAGCACGAGCUGCUGCUCUGUCCAGUUCAGGCCACUUCAGCUCUGCCUGGCUUUUGUCCGUGUUUUUCCUGGGAUAACUAGCAGGUCUGGGCAGAGGGUGUUUGCUAAGCUGCUUUCUCCUCCUUGUUGGAAGCAAUGGCAAAGUUGCUUUGUGCUGCUGGCCUCGGGGCAGAGGGAAGGUGGAGGGUGUGGCAGGAGCUCUCUGGUGCCUUAGGGAACCUGUUCAGUCCUGUGAAGGAAUCCUGAUGUUUGGUUUCAAUCAGGCCAUUCCCACCCCCGGCGGGGAUUUCCCCUGCAUAAACAGCUGUGGCAUCAGCAGGAGCUUGGCAGUGCUGCCAGCUCACCUCUUCCUGCUCCUCUGAAAACCUGGGCUGGGGGACAGUGGUGUACAGAGAACUGCUGCUGCUCCAUUCUGGUGUUAAACCUUUGCUCUUGGGGUUGCAGUCACCUGAUGGAACGUGCUGUACACUUGGCUUGGCACAUCCAAAUCCACCUGCCUGGUGUGCUGCUGGAUGGGAGCAGCAGCCAGGGAUGUUUUAUAGUGCUGAUACUCUCUUGCCAGGGAUAUGAUGUUUGGGCAUCUGUAUUCAUGCAAGUGGGUCACAAGUGCUGAUGAUGCUGCCAGUUAUAAGCAGGGCUAGGAAAGGUCACCUACAGGUGAUAAAGGUAGCAUCCCAAAUAGUAAUAAAAACCUAAAAUCUCCUUCCACCCCCAGCUCCCCAACUCCGGGCCAGUGCUUGAUAUCUGUACUACAAAUCCUCUUAUGGUGAGUGAGAAUUUCCGCUGCUUUUGCACUCCAGGCAGGAUUCACCAGAUGUUAAUAAUGUGCUUAUUUUCUCUAAGUGCUAUUUUGGCAUCGGUGUUAAUUACAAUUUAUAUUCUGCAACAUUUACACUGGGAAAAGAACCCACCCUAAUAGUACCCAAUUGGCAGAGCUGGGCUAUUAAACACAGCUCCAUAUGUUCUGAGCAGAGCAGUGCAUGGGACUCAGAGCCCACUCAGCACUCAGGCAGGCAGCUGUAGGGGAAGAGAGGGGUGUUCUGCUCCUGGAUUUUAUUUAAUAUGAAAUCCCCCUUCUUUUCUCUGUCCCCAUCUCUCCAGAAAUCUCCCUCCUGCUAUCUGUGAGCAUUUAAGGAGGUGAUCUCUGAGCCUGCUGAUGCUGCUGUCCGUAGUCUAAAACAAAUGAAUUCAAUUCCAGAAGGUGCCCUUCUCUCAGGGAGUGCCUCUGCAGGAUCCCAGUCCCUGCUGGCUUUUCCUUGCUGCCUUCCAAAGCAGACCUCCAGUCUUUGGGAAUUGCAGCAGAAAUCUUUGCUUUGACCACCCCCAAAGUGUCCAUGGUUCUGUGGGAGAGGGAUAUUCUGGGACAGUUCUGUUCUUGUGUAAAACUCGAUGUAGUUUGCUGCUCUGCUCAUGUGCAAAGUCUUGUUUGGCAAAGUGGCAUUUGGUUCCUGCAGGCUGGAAGGGUCUGGAGUGACCCUGGUGGGGGAUUCAGAGGAGCUAAGUCAUCUGUGUUCCCGUGGGUUUCUUAGGAGUGUAGGUUAAAGGAUUGCUUCCUCAGCUGUUUGCAGAGCUGAUUUCAUGGUCUCUGUAGGAAAUGGCAGUGUAUCCACUGCUCUCUUAGGAGAAGGGGCUGUGUGGUGACAGUGUCCUGUCAGGAGAGCUCUGUGGUCACUGCUCCAUCAGGGAGAAGGAGAAGAUGGGAGUGGGAGGAGGCAGGGCAGGAUGGAGUCAUGGAUCUCACUGGAAGCCAGACACAUCCUGAGGCUUGGCCCGUUUGCUCACUGGUGGAAGAGGAGGAGGUGAACCCUCCCCUCCAGGCGAGGCUGGGGAGCAGAGGGCAGAGCUGGGGCUGGUGUGGGCUGAGAGCAGCAGAGCCUCAGCCCCCCUCACUGGGGUUUAAUUCCCAUCACUGCCUCCUCCUCUGCCAGGCGUGUGGGGUCCCAGGGAGCACAGCAGGACCUGUCCCCUCACGUGGAUGUUCAGAGCUGAGGUGCUGGGUGCUGCCUUCCAGCAGCGCUGUUUUAGGGUAGGGCUGCAGAAAUUUGGGACUUUCCCACUGGUGGAGUGAACCAGUGCUGAGGGGUUGUUUCACCUGACUGAGGGGGAUGCAAUUCCCUCUUGGCUGGUCCCAGCAGAGUGUCCAAAGCUGGGAGAGCAGCAGGAGCUGUGCUGGGUGUUGCAGAGCCCAAUCUCCUUCCAGUGCAGCUCUCCUGCCUCUUUGAGAUGCACAGGCAGCCAGGGUACUCCAGCAGGAGAAUCAUUUCCAUAGAAACCAAUUGGGAUGUUGUACAGGGAAUAAUGAUUAAUAGUGAAGGGAUGUUGCCUCAGGCCCUUUUCAUUUUUUAGGGGGCAGUGAGGGACAAACUGGGGCACAGGUAGGGGGACAGGGAGACUUGAAAACUAAUGGAAACCAUCUCUUCCAUUAAUUUCCAGGCCAGCUCCCCCUCUCCUCCUCCUCCCCAGCCCCCCACUGCUGCUCCCAGCUUUCGUCAAAUUUUCAAAAUGGCUAACCUGGUUAGAAAUAAUCAUAAUAAUAAAAAAGGAUGGAUGAGGUCUGACUACUAACAUUGUUGCUGUUAGCAGCAGGAUUUCAGCCAUAAAACAUGAAGCAAGGGAGGCAUUGACCUUUCCGCUGUUUGAAAUGAAUGGAGACAUCAAUAUCUAUUGUUUUGUGGCAUUGACCUCUGACGCUCUCAGCUCGCCCUCCCCUUUCUUUUUUUUUAAUUUCCCCCUGACACUGGAGGAAAGGGGUCAGUCUGUACCAUCUAUUGAUCCCAAUCUUACUUGGUGAUAGGGAAAUAAUUAGAAUUUUAAAGAUCUCUGCUGCACGCUGGUGAAAUACAUACACAGAGGCACAGGCUAAGCCCCCGCUUGCCAUGUUGUGUUCUCCCCCUUUCCUUGCAGAGAUCCAAAGCUCUGAGAUCUGAAGGAAGGCAGAUCAAUAUAGGUUUAAUCAUGAUGGGGGUUUUAUUUCAGUUUUUUAAAUAGUAAAAUGUAACAUUUUAUGUUAAUGUUGUCGGAGCCUGGCUGCCUGGUGCCUUGUUUUAUUUAUUCUUUUAAGUAGCCCCUUCUUUUGUGAACUUCAUCUAUGUACAGAGAAUGUGAAAUCAGGCAUUGCUAAUUAGCUGUAUGACAAUUAAGUAAUGUAGCACAAAACCAUUAGGACACUGGAUUUGUUUUUGAAGUUUGUCCUUUGAAGUGGAAGCUGCAACUCCCUGCCCAAGGCUGCUGGGGAAAAUGUUUUUCUAUCAAAACUUUCUUUGAAAAUAAAAUGUCAGUGUAAGAGUCCCUAUUUCUGUCGUCUCUCCCUCUAAACAGCGGGUGGAAAUUGUUUCUCCUUGUAAAAACUGCUGGCAUUGAUAGAAAGGGGAAUUCAGGAAAGCAUUAAAUGGGCAGUUGGUCUCCAAACACCCCCAAUUCUGGUAGAGAUAUGACCAAAAAUUCUUUUUAGCUCCUUGAGAGGGAACGGUGCCACGCUGGGAGAGAAGACCCAGCUCACAACUCCGAAGAUGGCAAAGGGAGGUGGUACUAAAACUGGGGGUUCACCUCUGACACCCCAAGUGCCAUCAGGGUGACAGCCUGGUCCCAGAUCCCUGCAGGCUCCUGGGGCUCCUCUGCUUGUUUGACACUUGUGUUUGCAUCUGGCCCUUUGUCCUCGUAGUGAGUCCAGUUCUGGAUGUGCAACUUUCAUGUACGCUGGUGGCAUGUAAAACUUCAAAUAAAGAGUGGAACAUUUGGAAGCA